AUGACAACGAAAAGAACGCCAGUUAAGCCGUCCGCAAAGGACGCAGAAGAUGCAGAAGCAACACUGAGCAUGUUGAUCCAUAUGCGUGGCACAGCACAAGGCAACGUCACGCGUAUCAAGAACAUUUUGAGCCAAGUGGACCAGACUGAGCUUACUUCUGCUCAAGUGAAAGUCUACAUCAGGAAGGUGGAAACUGCUUACACCGAGUACCACCAAUAUCACCAACAAGUUAUGGCAAGUAUUCCACCCAACCAGCGAGAGGAUCAAGAUGUAAAAUUCCUGCAUUUCGAAACGCUACACGAAGAGGUGUCAACCAUUCUCGAAACCUGGCUUGAGAAUUUGACCGCACCUCCACCGAAUCACCUUCAACAAGCGAUGCCAUUAGCUGUAAAUCAACAACCCGUCGUGAUCCAGCAGUCCCUUCCUCGUGCCAUUCCCACGUUUGACGGAAGGUACGAGAACUGGGAAAAAUUCAAGAUCAUGUUUCGAGACGCUGUGGAUCGCACCAACGAAGUACCGCGAAUAAAGCUGUAUCAUCUUGAGAAAGCUCUCGUUGGUGACGCAGCAGGAUUGAUCGACGUAAAAACAAUCAGCGAUGGAAACUACGAGCACGCCUGGCAGCUAUUGGAAGAACGAUUUGAGGACAAGCGGCGAAUGAUUGACAUUCAUAUCGCUGGUUUACUCGGAACGAAGAAAUUGGAGAAAGAGGAUUAUGUUGAGCUACGAUCGCUGGUUGAGUCCAUCAGUUGUCACGUGCAGAAUUUGAAGUUCCUCAACCAACAGUUCACCGGAGUAUCGGAACUUAUCGUCAUUCAUCUGAUCGCCCGUGCAUUGGAUGCUACAACAAAGAAGCAGUGGGAGUCCACCAUCAAGCGUGGAGAACUACCUACCUACGAGAACACCAUCCAAUUUUUGAAGGACCACGUCUCAGUUCUGGAGAGAUGCCAUGGUUCUUGUGAAGAAUCUGGAUUCCAUCGACCGAUAGCGAAGCAACCCACAGGAAAACAAAGCAUUCCAAGAGUCAACACAGCAACAACGUCGGAUCAGCGAUGUGAAAUGUGUAAAGAAGCCCAUCCAACGUUCAAGUGUUCGUGGUUCAACAGCCUCACUGUGAGUGACCGGCUGUCCAAAGUCAGGGAGAAAAAUGUCUGCUUUAACUGCUUAAGGCGUGGACACAGCGUAAAGAACUGCCGUUCAAAUAAAUCGUGUUUCAAGUGCAACAAGAGACACCAUACAUUACUUCAUUUGGAGAGCCGUGCCAGCUCACCGUGCCCUUCGGAUGAAGACAUUGAAGUGAAGUGCCCCCCAGCGAUGCCGAAUCCUGCGGUUCCGGGCCCAAGCAAGGUUGCAGAAUCUAUCGUGAAUGCCGAUCACCAGCUAUCGGUAACAGCAGCACACUCCAACAACCCGAAGAAUUCAGCAAGUCAGGUGGUGUUGCUCACUGCCCUCGUUGAUGUUUAUGAUCAUCAGCAACGUCCUCGUGUGUGCAAAGCCCUGCUAGACUGCGGUUCCCAGGUGAGUUUCAUAACCCAAUCAUUCGUCACCUCACUUGGCAUCGAUGUGGAAGAAGUAAGUGUCCCGAUAACAGGCAUAGGCAGUGUAAGGUCAACGAUUAAGCAAAAAUGUUCCGUACACGUCCACUCUAAAUGCAGUGAUUAUUCCUUCAUCAUUAAUUGUUUGGUCUCCCCGAAAAUUACUGGUCACAUUCCGUCGGUGAAAAUAAAUCUGCAAAAUUGGGAACUUCCUCCAGGUCUGCAACUGGCUGAUCCAUCCUUCCAUGAGCCCAGCCAAGUUGAUUUGCUUAUUGGAAUGGAUUGGUUUUACGAUAUCAUGAAACAAGGGUGUUUGAAACUGAAGGACGAUCUCCCUAGCCUUUAUGACUCCCAACUGGGAUGGCUGGUUGGAGGCAAGCUGCUUGAAAGUUCCUCUUCCAAUUUAGCGAUACGUUCUUGUGCUGUUAGUGUUGAUCCAGUCGAGAAGCUUAUUCAGAAAUUUUGGGAAGUGGAAAGUGUGUCACCAGAAAAUAUUCCAUCGUCCGAAGAGGAGCAAUGUGAAGCACAGUUUGCUGCAACCUAUCGUCGAGAUGACAGUGGUCGUUUCAUCGUUCAUCUUCCAUUAAGAGACAACGCUUCUCAGCUGGCAGAUUUUCGAACAGACCAGAACCCUGCGGAUGCCGUAUCACGAGAACAAUCUGCCAGAGAGUUACGUGAAAACGAGUGCGAGGAACUCGGACAUCGUCGUGAAAUUGAUGAGCGCAAUGAUCCUCCUGAUUUGUUAAAGUUCCUUCCCCACCAAACUGUUCAACACCAAGAAUUUGCGAAGGAGAUCGAGUGUAUCGUGUCAGAAGAGUCCAACCACCGUCUAAACAAUUCGAGACCGUUUCUAGACAAGGAUCUGCUACAAGUAGGUAAUCGAAUCAGCAAUUCUCAGCUACCAUUCGAAAUGAAACAUCCACUUAAAACGAUUCCUCCCAAAGAGUGUAUGAGCUGGAGUAAAGAGUGUGAAAAUAAUUUUGAAGAAGUGUACUAUUCAACGUCAUUACCAUUAUUUGAGUUAUCCACCCAGUUAUACCAUAUCGAAGUUAAGAAUAGUGGAUAUCCAAAGAUGACCAACACACAAACUUGCACCUUUGCCUAUAGCCAAUAA